AUGGUGAUAAGCCGCAUGACGCUUGUUCACAUAGCAAAAGGAGGUCGAUUGGCGACACUUCUUCCCCACAAAUGGACACGGAGAUGCUUCUGCAACAGUUGGAUUCAUGCUGGGAAGCUUUCCAUUGUCAUGUUAGUAUACUCCGUACUGCAGCAUUGGAUGUGCUCCACCAUGUGUGCCAUGCUUAUUGCUGUUUUAUCCGUGCUUGAGCAAGAACAAGCACAAGACCUGCUGUUCGAAGCAUCUGGUGAUGAAAUUGAUCAACAGUAUGGAGUGUGGGCUGUGGUAUUGAAUGAACCAUGCAUCGCAUCAGUCCAACUAGCCGCCAACAGCCCUUACCACAUACAGGUUUGA